GUAUGAAACCACCAAACGUUAACAGUCAGCGACGUCAACGCGAGUGGGUCAUUGUUGGGAAUACUCAGGCUUAUCCCCUGCCCACUUGGAGGAGCAGGUACAUUAAAUCUUGGUCUACGGAAUUGAGCAAGUUCAAGUACUUAAGUGCCAGCCUACUUAGACGACCUCCCCAGUGAUAACGAAAGCAGUUGAGACACUCAAGAAAAUUUGUGUCCGUCACCGGAGAUAUGAUGUGUCGCUUUGAGGUUGCCUGCAAACGUUUGUGGAGAUUAUGGCAAUUGGUAUUUUUGGGCCUUAUCGUUGCCGUUCUGAAUUCACAUGCAUGUCCCAAACCUCAGGUAUCAAACAGCAAUGUUCUGCCACCCACACCACUUCAGGACGAAUACCCAGAGGGUGUCACGCUUGAGUAUGAAUGUGAGCCAGGCUAUAGGAAACAGGGUUCAUCUUCAAUCACCUGCACUGGUGGGAAAUGGACCAGUCUGGAACUGACUUGUCAAAAAUUAUCAUGUCCUCCCCUACCAGAAUUGCCAAAUGGGAAAUAUAAUCCUCCAGAUGUAACCCUGUUUGGUACAAGGGUUACAGUUACAUGUAAUAAAGGCUAUGAGCUUGAAGGCCGAAUUAGUGAGACACAAUGCCUGGCUACUGGUCACUGGAGCUUAGAACGCUUUGUCUGUGAUGCUGUAAAAUGUCCUGCGCCCCCUAACGUCCCAAAUAGUGAUCACAUACCCAGUGACGUGGAGAGUAUGAAUUACUUGGACAGCGUUAGAUAUACCUGCAGAAGGCCGUACGUUCUUAUUGGAGAAUCACUGAUUGUGUGCCGUGAAAAUAAAACCUACUAUCCACCAGCCCCUGAAUGUAAAGUGGUGUCUUGUGAUACGCCAAAUGUGGAGUUUGGAACACGUGUUGAAGGAGGCGCACCACCCUAUGGAUACAGAUCUUUUGUCGUGUAUAAAUGCAACGAAGGCUAUGAAAUGAAGGGCAGUAGUAAAAUUGUCUGUGAGGUUUCUGGUUGGUCACCAGAUGUUCCAUCCUGCCAUAAAAUCCAACCUGUUACACCAAAAACGACAACAACUGCUGCAACAACAACAACAACAACCACCACCACAACAACUACAAAAUCCAAAACCCAUCAACCUACCACAAGAGGUAGUGCACCAUGCACUGGUCCACUGUGCUCUGGAAUUUUCAGUGCUGUUGCUCAGAGAGUUCUGAUUGCACUGCUCAUUCCUGUCGGCCUGCAUCUCUCGCUGUAAGAAGCAGCGCCUCCCUCUCUUCCCAAGGACAUUUUGCAACUCUGUCUCAGCACGCUGGCUAUCUCUGCUUGCCUGGGGAUGGAAGAGGAUGCCCACAGAAAACGCUGCAGCAAGUUGGCCUGGUCCUGUUUCUGAUCAUUGCCUCCUAUGGACCAUUUUGCAAUGGGCCAGCUAAAACUAACUUUGCAAUAACUGUUGUGUCUGUAUUUCCAGAUUUAAUUUGCAGAGAGCUGUACUGCAAAUUGGUAUUAUCAAUCUCUACACCUGUGAGAAUAAGUAAAUAUUAUAGGGGAAACAGGAAUAUAUUUCUCUGUUUAUUGAUUUAUUGGUCAUUAACAGUGAAAUCACUGAAUUUGAUUGGAAACCCAUGGGUCUGUUUAAAUUGGGCUUGUUCAUUGUUUUCUUGGAAGUAUGGAUUUAUACCUUCUGAAGACAUGUUUUUGUGAUCAUCAUCAGUGGGAAAUGAUGAAAUGAUGAAACUUUGAAUUUAGAGGCCAUGUAUUUUGUCUGCUCUCUGGGGUUCUAAAGUAAUCAUAGCUGCACUGAAUUCUUACAAAGAAGCUAUAUUUUGGUUUCAUUGUGUUUUAGUUUUUAUUUAUUUCAUAUCAUAACCAAAACUUAGUUUUUUGAGGUUGCAUUUUCAGACCCUGGUCCAUUUGAGUAUUUGUAUUCCUGAGCAUGUAUUCAAAACAUGUGACCAGUCUGGACGGGUCACAGUUCACUUGCCAUUGAAAAUAUGUCGUUGUUACUUAUUAUUAACCAAUUUGAAUGCACCUAUACCCUUAUCCUGCUGGAGUGGGAGAAAGGGUUGUCGAAACAUUUCUGAAACUGUCUAGGUAGUUAAGUUAAUUCCAGUAUUCUAUACAUACAUUUUUGUUUGUUUUUUUUUUUUUUGAACCAAACUUACCAAAAAUUUUAAAACAGUGAAAUAACACCCUCUACUUUUCGUGUAGAGGUGGACAGUACUGCUGUUGGAGUGUCAACAAUCCUGAUCAUUUUGUAAUUGUAAACUACUUAGCACCUCUUUCACACGUUGAUAAGAAGUAAUGAUACCUGAUUGUUGAACCAUUGGCAUAAUUAAUGGUUCAGAAUGAACUAAAACUAGAACAUUAGAACUGAAGGACUAGUGUCUGUGUAGUUUCCAUUUGGAUUUCUCAAAUGAGUUUCUUUUGAAAGAUUUUAUUCUGUUAAGCAAUGAUGCUUUCCUAAAUAUUUAUCUUUGAAUGUCAGUUUGUGUUUGUGAAUAUCAAUACAAGCACUAAUCAAGAGUUUGAUUGGUACUGUGGUAGUGAACAACUGUUGGAUUUGGAGAAUGAAAAAAUGGCUACAGGCUUUGUGGCAUAUUCUGUAGACCACUGUAUUGAACACUGUAUUGCAUUUGUCAUUGCUUUUUUAUGUUCUCAAUUAUUUUAUGUACUGUGUUUUGGCUUCAAUGUAUUAAUUUGGGCACUGUGGGUGGUACACAAUUUAGUAUGUAAGCCAAUCUGAUUGUCACAUCUGCUGUGGUAAAUUGUUCAAUGCAGGCACUCCUCUUUAUCCUCUGAAGGGGAAAACUUAUACAACCUAAAUUAUCACAUGGCACAGUUUCAUUUGAAAUCCAUAUCAGAUGGUUUUUGUCAUAGGGUAAUGUUGACUCUCACUACCACAAUAAUAAUUAUUUGAAUACCACAGGUCCUUAUGUUCUACCUUUGUGCUUUGCACGUACCUGCACUCAGCUGUUUAGCGGUGACUGAACUCUUCACCAUCUAGGGUAAACAGUCUAUGGGCCCUGCCCCUUGCAGUAUCAAAGGGGAAAAACAAGGGCCUAGUGCUGUGUUGAAUGUUUAUUUUACCGGGCUGUGGCUUUCAUGUGUCCAGUUUAUCCCUGCAGGGGAUAAACUGGACUUCU